AUGGAUUUAAAUGAUACUCACGUUCCAUUUAUUAAUCAAUCAGGUAUAUUCGAUUGGGAACAAGAUCGUUUAGAAGCUGAAUAUCGUCUUGAACUUUUUCCACCAUCUGUCUCAUCUUUACGAGGACCACUCUUAUAUGGCGCUCCAUCGACUGUAAACGAUACAAUAAAUCCUCCACCAUUAAUUUGUCGACCAGAUCUUCAUAGAGAUCAUGUUGCAACAAUUUAUACACUUCUUCGACCGAUGCCUUCAUCUUAUCAUUGUCUUUUAGAUCCGUCACGACGACUAAAUGAUAAGCCUCGUCUUGAUGAAUUAGGCGAUAAUGUUACAGUAAGCAUUCCAGGUCUUACUCGUUUUGAUCAUGAUCCACCAUUAUCAUUCGAUUUACCAAAAUUAAAUGGUCCAUUAAAUAAAGAACAACUUGAAUACACUUGGUAUCAUGAUAAUGAACCAGAAAUAGGCAAAAUUUUUCCUGAAAAUUAUUGGAAUCGACAUAAACUUGCAGGACAAUCACCUUCUGCUUAUCUUGUACCUACUGUACUUUAA